AUGUCAGCUCUGACUUUAGAUAUCCAAAAUGACUAUGAGAAGAUUGUUAUAACUAGAAAAGAGUUGAAAACCCUAUACAAUAACAUCCUAAAGUCUAUGAUUUUGAAGCUUAAUUUGCAUCUACCCACAUCACACAAUGAUCCAAUAAAAAAUGAGGUCUACCUGAAAGUGGAGAAUUGUCUACUAAAUACAUUCCAGAACCUACUAUCGUCUCUCUUGGUGGAUGGUGAAGAUAGAAACCGCGAAUCCAUACGAGAGCUUCUACUGGUUAACGACAAAGAUGAUGAUGUGGAGCCUUUCGACGUCGAAUUAGAUAACGAAUUACGAACAAUAUUAACUGAGUAUGAUGACGUAACUGUUGAAUUGAGUGAAUUGAAACGCACGCUACUGAAAGGAAUUGUUGAAAAAUAUCAAAACUCCGUAGCUCGCAUAGAUGAUGAGGUGACACGAAUAAUUGGACUAAUUGAUGAAAGUGUCGAACAACGCGAAACCAAUAAUCCCGUUGAUUCUGCUAUUGCAAAGUUGGGUGAAGUAGAUAUUAACCGAAUGAAUGAGGAUUAUUUCAAAUACUUGCAAAAAAUCAACUACCUCAAUGGGAAAGUACCGCUUUUGGAAAAGGAGAUUAAUGAAUAUUCUAAGCUGGUGGACUUUUUGAAGGAAAGGGAGGUACAUCCUUAA